AUGCCGAAGUGGGUGGGAAUCUUACUUUUCCAAAUAUUCAGCAUUCUGGUUGAAUGCGAUGUCGGUGUGCCCUGUGCAGUAGACGGCUCUUGGUGUCCGUGGUCAGGUACAGUAGUGAAGUGCUCUGCAGCCUGUGGCGACAGUGGAAUGGGACUGCGGACUCGGCUUUGUGCCUGUCCCUCUCCCGCCCACGGUGGCAAAAGCUGUUCUCUGCCCCCAGGGGCCAAGGAGGCUGCAAUGCUUGCUCUUUCCCAUCUCCAAGACGCCGCUAUUCGCAAAGGCACCAGCGGUGGUAAAGGGGAUGGCGAUGAUGACUUUCCCAUGCCAACUGCCGCCGAUAUUGCGGCAAUUGCGGAUGGCUCAGGAAAAUGGGAUGCCUGCAACAGAAAGUUCUGUCCCUAUCUCAAACGGCUAACCGAUUUCGAGGUGAACAUCACAAUUGACGACUUACGGCUUCAGCGGCCCGAGGAUGCCUGGCUAUGGUCGGGCGGUAUACCCUCCAGUCAACACGACCCUGUGGGGCUGCACUGCUCUCCUCAGCUCCGGUCUCGAACCGAAAUCUACGAUAAGCGCUACCGCUUCCCCCGUGCUCGAGCGAUGUGGACUCGCAGUGUUGGUCGCUCCGAGUACCAGUCAUAUGACUUUGUAGGCACACCUCUGCGUGCUAACCGAAGGUUGCAAAUCUUGAGGGACCGGCUCAUUAUUCGUAGUCUAGACGAAGAUGAUGAAGGCGUCUAUCGAUAUGGGUAUGAGUAUGAACCUCUGCAGUUCGCCACGAUUUGUUUCUUUGCUGUCUAUCUAUCGGAUAAAGUGGUGGUAAUAGAAAGUGGUAAACCUUUUAAACUCACCUGCAACGCCAAAGGUCUAUGGCCUAUUAUCCAACAGACUCCCAAGGAUAACUGGAAAACCUUCUGGGCCUAUCGUCCAGAUGCAAAAGCUGCAUCUCUCGGCACAAAACCAAUCGAGAAACUUUGGUUGGUGGAUUUGAAACCUCCUCGCAUUAUAGAGGAGGAAGAUAUUUUCAUGAAUACGACUGAAGGAACCAUGGUUAUGACACUUUUUGACACUGAGAGGAGACAGUUUGAUGCUGUGGCCUAUGCUAUGAGUGGAUACUACCAGUGUAUCGUCCAAAACUCACCAAAAGGUCUAGGUGAACGUAAUUUUGUCACAAAUGCCGUCCAACUAAUUGUAGUUUCGCCUCCAACUCUGACCGAAAAGUUGAGGAAGUGGAUUGUCAAACAUUGGAGAGCAAUUGUCUACCUACUUCUUACGCUCAUGGUUGUCGCGCUGUUCUAUAUGUUGCUGAUUAGACUGAGAGCUGGACGCGUGGCUAGUUUGAGAAAUUGGGAGGCUCUCGAAGAGGCGAAAAAGCGGGCGAAGCUGAUCACAGCUGGAGAAAUUAAAAAACCGAAACCUCCACAAUGGAUUAGACCAUCUCCCGUUGCAACGGAAAAUCAUCUUCCCUCCGUCAACAAUGUUUUCGUGGAAAUCUUCAGACUGCUCACCCUGCCUCACACGCCACCUCCUCUGCCUCCCCUUCUCCCUCCUCCACCAACAUCGUUGGCUAUUUGUUUAAUGAAUAGAGAGACACCACUGGACCUGAGUCGUAAGGCUGCUACCGUGGCCUCUGGCAGUGACACCAUACAGAGGCGAGUCAAGGCCAUCAAUGGGACCUACCACCACAAUCGUAAUCAUCAUCACCACUACGGAUCAGGGAAACAGCCGAUUCCUCGUUGUUUUGAAUGCAAACGACUGUUUCCAACUCUAUGGGAUCUUAAUAUCCACUUUCUAGGGGAACAUCAAUCGACCUUACAAAGGGAGUUCACGCAGAACAGGUCGUGGAAGACGUGUUCCUUGGAGAACAUCUCGGUGCAUCAACUCCAAACAACGCUGCGGAGAGGAGCAGUGGAGAGAACAGGUUAUCCUUGCCCACAUUGUGACUACUUUGCCAAGUGGCCAACCGAAUUGCAGAAACACAUAAUGGUGCACUCGAAGGAGCGCCCACAUCAAUGCGUAAUCUGUGGCCUGACCUACAAAUGGAAGUGGGAUCUGGGUCGCCAUUUCGAUAAGUCGCAUCACCAUGCCGUGAAUCCGUACAAGAAGACUUGUCUAUCCGUGAGGGCAGCACGACAGCAACAGCAAAGAGUGGCAAAACGGUCAUCGGGUCAUCGUUGUGGGCGCAGAUCGAUGGGAGUGUCUCAGAUUCCUCUUCCACCAUCUUCAGUCCAUCUUCAACCUUAUGUUCCUCCUUCACCAUUUCCUAGUUUCAUUUCACCCUUUCCAAAUCCACAGUUUGGACAGUAUUUUUGA